UUACUUGAAAAACGGAAAACUCAUUUAUUUCUAGACUCGCUCACUACGCAGCGCCACGGUCGCAUGAAGCAAAAUGGCGAGUCUGUAACAGCGUACACAAAUAGUAGGAUCAAGAUCGAUCAAGAAUGGGGGAAGCACGUAAGGUGACUUACAAUUUCAUUUUUAAAAAGGAUUAACACAAGUAGGUCGUUCAGAAAACUCAGAAUGAGUGAAGAGAGAGGAAAAAUGAUAAAAUUUCUGGGUAUUACAUAAAGCAGUUAGCACCCUCGGAACAGAAACGUCGGAAUAUACACUUAAGCGUCGCAGUGCCAACAAUAGGCAUCGUUUCUCGGCUUCUGUCUAAGAUGAAAGUGAUCUAAUACCAUGGAAUAUACUGUAAAGCUGUCGGUAGCGCCUAUCUAUAGAGACAGUGGGAAGCUAGGACCAUGACCUACUUUGAACUUGGGGAACGCUGCGGAUGUGAGCACCGCUUGGCACCAAGUCUUUUAAGUGUGAGUUCGCCCGUUCAGCUAUCGAUUGCUGUGGUAGGUGGCUGUCUGAAUGGCCAGUCCUCCGCGUGGCCCAGUGACGUCCACCAUCAAUUUUCUUCCGUUACAUUUUCCCCUGUUGUCAAGGCAGUCCUGUAAUCAGAAUUCUGGAGCGGAAGAGGAAGAGUUGUGUGUGCCUAACACAAACAUCUAUACUUCAAAAGGCCAAUGUAAAUAGUAUGACCAAAGGUGGAAUUAUAAUCAUCAAGAAGCAAGCAUUAUGUAGCUGUUACUGGUAGCAGACAUCAGUUGAUCUGUGAGUCACAAAUGGAAAAACCUUACCAUGUUCGAAGGGGAGUGGCUGGAGGUGGAAAGCGAGAAGACACAAAUAUUCUACCAUGAUUGCCAAGAUCUGCACUAUCAUUCAGUUCUCCUGUCAGGGAAACUGCGUGAUAUUCUUCUAUCACUGCAUAGGAAUGCUUUGAAAGGGAGUCAGAAUAAGGAAGCAGAAAAUGAGAUAGUGGAUCUUGAGAACUUGAGUUACACUACAGAUGCAAUGCAAUCAGUAGUCGAGUCUUUUAAAAGCUUGUCUCUGCAUGAGAUGCCAUCAGACAUGAAGUCUGUUAUGCAUACCACCAGUAGUGUGGACUCAUCCUCUCUAGGAAGCUACAAAGCAGUGAACACUGCUCCUAUACCUGGCAAGAAGGACAAAAGUCCUCUGUUCAGAUUCAAGACAAGUUGGUGGAGAGAUAUCCUGUGGAAGGACCGACUUACUUUGGCGUAUCUUACUUACCAUACAGUGACAGAGAUUCUGACCAGGUGUAACAAAAUUGCUGAGCAAAACCAUAAUCACUGCACACUGGAAAAUUUGUUCAGAUUAUCGAGCUUGUACAAUGAAGUCCUGGCUCUUGGUGCUCAGGAUAACAAGGGUGUUGCCACCUUCUGCCGUAAUACAUGCCCAAUCUUGCAACAUCCUCUGCGAAAGCUCUCAGUCACAAAGAUUAUUCAGGUACUGGCACAGAGCCAUGCAGAAAACUGCUGCCACUCUCUGGUGAAUAGCCUUCUGGACAUAUACAAGCCUACAGACACACAUAUUUCUGUCAUGGAUUGCAAUGGAAUGACUACUCCAGAUAACUCCAACUCUAGCAUUGAAAUAUAUGAGGCUCUGACUCAACACAUGACUCCACCUUGUGUGACCUCAGAGCUGCCCCCAGUAGAGAGAGUGGGAGCUGUAGGAAUGAAGGAAAUUGCCACUCUACAGACACGGCGUACAUGUAGCCCAGAACUCGAACGUCUGUUGGUAGAGGAGGAGGCACACGUAUCUGUGUUGCUGAGUGUAGCAGCGCACAGUGCACCUCAUCUUCUGGGGUCAGGUGGUGUCAAGCCUUCCCGCACCUCUGGUAUGCCCCGUGUUUCGAAGCAGGUUCGAACAAAAGUGAUAGAAUACUAUCAGCAGGUCCUCUGGGGUGAGGUGGGAGCCUUCUCUGAACAUGUACUGCUGUGGUGGAGAGAUGGGCCUCUUAUUGGCACCCUGCCUCCUGAGAGUUGCCAGCUGCUUUGUGAAUGGCUGCGUUCAGUCGUAUCUUCUGGUGUGGUGCCAGAACUUGUGGUGCCAGCAGUGCACAGCCUGGCGGAUGGUUUAGGGUGUCAUGUUACUACUACCUUAUGGGACCAGCUGUUCAGACAGACUUUGGUGCAGGGACACAAGUUUGCUUACAGUGCAGACAAAGAGAAGGGAUCAGUGUGUGGCCGACUGUUUGCUGACCUGCUGCACCAGUUGGUGAGUCUUAGCAAUGCAUGUGAGCCCAUGGUGCCCAUUGACCUGCUUCCAACCCAGGCAUUGGAGGAUCUGCCACUUGUGGAACAGAUUCCAGUUCUGCACAGGCUAGAUCAUUCUGUGCACACAGCAAGGCUAUGGGCUGCCAAUACUGCACGGCAUCUUGUCAACGCCUGGUCCGUAGAUGCAUUCUUUGUGAUCACGCAGACUGACAUCAGCCUUUGCCUCACAGAACUUCAGAUGCUCAAGCUUACAGAUCACAAAGGAUUUUCUGAGAUGCAUAGUGAACACGUGAUGGUGUGUGCCAAGAUGCGUUCAAAACUAACCUCUGAGAUCCGUGAUAAUAUCCGCAAGUUGAAGCAGCUGCUGCCAGAUGAAUGCAUCCAGGGCAUGGCAACUGUUUGCCGCACCAUCAGUCUUGCCAACCUGCACAUGUGCUUCCCCAAACCACACUAUUGGAGACACUCGUCUGGUGCACCUCCUAAACCUGCUAGUCCAUAUGUUCAAGAAUAUCUUGAUCGUGUGCUCCGUCCGGUUCUUAUGGCAGUGUCAUCACUUCCCACUCCAGUGCAACAGAAUAUUGGUACAACAGUUUUGAGAUUGCUUUGUGAAGCGUGGCUUGAUCAUAUUUAUAUGCAUCGCAUAAAGUUCAGUGAAUGGGGUGCACUGCAGCUUUUGGUGGACUUUGGCUCAGUGCCAGACUGGCUGGAAGGAUGUCCAUGGUUGCAGACAGAAGUGCGGAACCACUUGGCACACAGUGAGGUCCUGCGAAGAUGUGAGGGGGUGGGACGUUUGCUACUUCGUCAUCCAGGAGAACCUAUCGCUAUGGUAUCCCCCAUCUCUGCUAGUAAAGGCAAGACUGAAGACAAAGACUCUCCUCGAGGCUCCAUCCACUCAGGAGGGCUGGAUACAAUGCCAGCUGAGAUGUUUGUUCCAAAUCAGGAGCAAUGGCUGGAGCUUCGAGUUCCGAAACGCAAGGGCUUGUGUGGUGCAUAUUCCCAGUGCUGCAGCAGCUGAUAAACAAGAUACAGAAAUAUAUCAUUCUCAGUGAUUUAAAAUGUUAAUAACAAGCAGGAACAGGAGACUCAGAGAGAUUGUGACAGUCCACAAUAUUUCAUAAGUUUUUCUCAUUACAAGAGGCCUUGGAUUAUUGUCAUAUUGCUGUGAUAGCAGUGAGCAUUAUUCUAUUUAAUGUUAUGUCCAGAGUGGCAAAGGAGAUCACUCAACUUCAUAGUCAGUGGACACCAGCCUUUUUCCUUCUUGGUGCCAAAAAUGAAGCUGUCAUUCACCUCAAUCUAGCUGUUUCUUAUAACAAUUUUCUUAAAAAUAUAUUAACUUUCACAGUGGAAUAAAUUGGAAACUGUGAAGUCAGUUCUCACAGUAGGUAAGAUGAUGUCUGUCAUUUCAAGAUGUAAUGUUGUGAAAUUGAUCUAGAAUGAUUGGUGUAUUUUUAAAUAUGCUGUAUUAUGAAAUUAGAUUCUGUUCCUCCAUGCUAAUAGGAAUGAGUGAAUAACAUGAGAAAAUGAGAA